AUGAGCUCUGUUUCUCCACCAUCUUCUCCAUCGACGACGUCUUCUUCGGCUCGGCUCUCUACGAUUCCGCUUUCUCCCUCAAUAUCAGCUUCUGCAUCGACUGCGUCCUCUCCGUCUCGGCUCUCUACGAUUCCGCUUUCUCCCUCGGUAGCAUCUCUUUUGCCUGAGCAAGAACUUUACGACGAUAGCGACAUCGAGGCCGCCUACCAAGGCUACAUUCCCGAAUCCUCCUCCGACGUGGUCGAUCACCGCUCAAGCAUAUUCGACUCCGAAGCCGAUGCGCAGGUGGAUUGGGACCCUGAGUCUGAUUCACAAUCACAGGCACAGCCUUCAGAGUCCGAUUCAGAGUCCUUGAUGUCACUCGAGAUUGACCCUCACGAUCCGCUAUUUAACGACUCGGACCCUUUCUCUCCCGAUCUUGCCGACGAGCUUGAGCUUGCGCUUCUUGCCGAGAUGGAUCAGUUGCCACAGCUCCGCGAACAAAGAAUGCCACCUCCAGGUGGUCGAGAUGAAAGCAUGCGAGGGCAACGUGGAGGCGGUGCCGCCCUUCAUAAUGGCUCAGGCGAUGUUCUUGUGGAUCUGGAGCUGUACUUCGAACAGGAUAGAAACGAGAGGAGACCUCAAACCAACCAAAACGGCCCUGCCGAUGUCAUCGACCUGACCAACGAACCCGACAGCCCUAUCCAGAGACAUGCUCCUCGACCUCCGACGAAUCCCAGAAGACAACAUUCCCAAGGCAGGAACCCGCCGUCUUUCUCGCGGAGUGACAGUAGCAUUCUCGCUGGCAAUGCACCACCCGUCAUCGACCUCACCGACGACUCGCCCGAAGUUCCGCGAAGACGUACGCAUGUACCGCCGCCUCCACAGCCACCUCGUCAGCGCGAUCGCAGUCGACAGCCGGUCGGAUUCAUGCUGAACCCGAACGGAAGUGCAUUCAGUGGGCUAGCAGCUGGGUUAAGGCGCCACCUGUAUCCUUUCAGGCUCUUCCCUGGUCCUGAGGACGAGGUACAGCUGCUCGGCAUGUUGCACAAUCGUAUUAAUCAAGGAGGAGACCUGAAUAACCCCCUUGGCAAUAUCCAACUUCAAUACGAGCACGGCGCUUUCGAUCAACGCGCCGAAUCACCUAAACCAGUCCACCAAGCUCCGCCUCCUCCUAGACCUGGAUAUACGAGGGACACCGCCUCCGAUUUAGUUGUGAUUUGUCCCGCAUGCAACGAGGAACUGGCUUACGACCCUGACAUGCCUGUCAACGGGAAGCAAUCUGCGCGGAAGGGCAACAAGCGCCAGCGCAGUGAACAUCACUUCUGGGCCUUAAAGGGUUGCGGACAUGUAAGGAUCAACAUUACACGCGUCCCACUCACUUUACUGAUGCUGUACCAGGUUUACUGCGAAGACUGCUACGAGAAUCGCAAGCCGGUAGCUAAGCGCCCGAAUACCGGAUUUGGGCGCGACGAUGAAAGCAAACUCACCUGUGCAGUCGAUGGUUGCGAGACACAGGCUACGAACAAGACAGCCUGGGUUGGAAUCUAUCUUUGA